UCGAUAGUUUACAGCAAACGAGUGAAACACAGAUCAAGUGUAUGGAAGUAAUUGUGCGACAAGGCGGGACGGCAGGAGUCCUUGACUCUCCCUCAGGUCUUGAUGACAACAUGUUCCCUACUGACCAGCAGGAUGAAGACAAUCAGUUGGUUGCCAUUGUGGCUGCAGAUGGGGAAGACACUGGGACCAUAUAUCAAGCAAUGCUCAUGUCAGAUAUGCUACCAAAGCAAGCAGAACCUAAGUUAAACUUGGAUGAACAGAAGGAGUACACAGAGGGAUGGAAUAUUCAGCACAAAGAUGAGGGUGGCCAAGAGCAAAUGAAUCAUUCCACCUCCUCCUCCUCAACUGACCUGUCCAUCUCACAGAGCUCCUCCUCAUCUUCCCUCAACUACAAGGCUGCAACCUGCCCUUCCAAACCCCCAGAUGAGACAGCCGCAUCAGAUCAGCGCAGAUACUCGGGAGAGCUUUUUCCAGAAAUUCAUUCCAGUCAUCAAGUGUGCCCCACUCACCACUCUAUUCCCGGUCACCUUUGCCUGAAGUUACUGUAAAGAAGGACAUCCAGCUUGCAGGCUCAGUUAACACUAAUUGCUAUAACGCAGCAGUCAAUGAGGGUCUUGGAUGUGAAUCCAACAUAAAUAUCAGCAGGUACAUAGCCAAGGCUCGCAAUCUCAUAUCUAGAAAACAUGGG